ACUCCGCAGCUGGAACACAUCCUUCAGGCCGGAACUAGAGAGCGAGAGCAUUGUUUCCCGUCGGAAGGGAAAAGUGAUGCUCCUGCCCCCCACCCCCGCCGCUUCGCGACACCCGGAAGUUGCGUGUUCGCAUCCCGGCGCCGGCCUCCCUGUCGGGGGUGAAGCCGCAGCGGACUGCCCUUCCCCAAGAUGGCGACGAAGAUGGGUUCGCGACGGUGGAUGCUGCAGCUGAUCAUGCAGCUGGGUUCGGUGUUGCUCACACGCUGCCCCUUCUGGGGCUGCUUCAGCCAGCUCAUGCUGUACGCUGAGAGGGCCGAAGCUCGCCGGAAGCCCGACAUCCCAGUGCCCUACUUGUACUUCGACUUGGGGGCGGCCGUGCUGUGCGCCAGCUUCAUGUCUUUUGGAGUGAAGCGGCGCUGGUUCGCGCUGGGGGCCGCCCUUCAGCUGGCUAUUAGCACCUACGCCGCCUACAUCGGGGGCUACGUCCACUACGGGGACUGGCUGAAGGUCCGUAUGUACUCGCGCACAGUUGCUAUCAUCGGCGGCUUUCUUGUGCUGGCCAGCGGUGCUGGGGAGCUGUACCGCCGGAAACCCCGCAGCCGCUCCCUCCAGUCCACCGGCCAGGUGUUCCUGGGCAUCUACCUCAUCUGCGUGGCCUACUCACUGCAGCACAGCAAGGAGGACCGGCUGGCCUAUCUGAACCAUCUCCCGGGAGGGGAGCUCAUGAUCCAGCUGUUCUUCGUGCUGUAUGGCGUCCUGGCCCUGGCCUUCCUGUCAGGCUACUACGUGACGCUGGCUGCCCAGAUCCUGGCCAUACUGCUGCCCCCAGUCAUGCUGCUCAUUGAUGGCAAUGUUGCCUACUGGCACAACACACGGCGCGUUGAGUUCUGGAACCAGAUGAAGCUCCUUGGAGAGAGUGUGGGCAUCUUCGGGGCCGCCGUCAUCCUGGCCACUGAUGGCUGAGUGGCAUGGCAAGAGGCUGAGAUGGGCGCAGGGAGGCACCGAGGGCCACCCUGCCUUCCUCCUUGCUGGCCCAGUUUCUUUAUGCUUUCUGCUCUGUUGGUUUGGUUCUUUGCUGUUUGUAUAUGUGUUGGUAAGAGGCAGGUCUCUUCCCCGGUGCCUGGGCUCAGCCCUUGGGGGGGUGGGAGCCCUGAUGAUGAUGCCUUACCGGGGUUUUUCCUGUUCGUUAGUAGGAGACCUGAGGCCAACUGCUCCCUGGGUCUCCUGUCUCAGAGAAGGGAGUAAGGCAGGGCUCGGGUGGGGGUACUGAGAGUGGGAGACAGAGAAAGGAAGACCAUGAACUGGAAGUGAGCAAAUGUGAAAAACUCCUUUUUGAACCUGGCAAGUGCAGCUAGGCUCUAUAGUGCUUUUUGGAGACUGAGAGUGAGUAUGUGUGUUGACGCGGGGAUUGGGCUGGGAGGAGCCGAGAGGCCGGGCACCACAGAAGUCACGUGAGUUCUCAGGGUAUCCCAGGGGCAGAAGAAGCACUAGCUGUCGCCCCACCUUGAAAGCAGAGCAGGCCCCAGUCUGGGGGUGCAGGGGUAGGGUAGGCAGUGGCCAACUUCCUGUCUCCUGCCUUCUGUUUCCAGCUCUAUGGUUGGCCUGGUUGGGGUGAGUGCCCUCCCAAACACCAGACCACACAGUCCUCCAAAAAUAAACAUUUUAUAUAGACAUUUGGCUUUGCUUCUAUGUUCUCCCCACAGGGCAUGUUGCCAUUGGCUGGGAUUGAUCUUGGGUUUCUUGAAAGACCACAUCUGGUUAAGCCCCACUUUGGUCCUCCCGUGAUCUCUGCCCUGUUCUGAGAGUUCCCACAGGCCUUUGGCUCUCUAGUCAAGAUCCUCCCUGCAGUCUGCUUUUGAUCCGUCCCCUCAGUCCGUGUGUCAUAGCUUGUCUUUUCCUCCCCUUUUAUCCUCCUGGUUUCUUUUGAAGAAAUCUUUGGUGAGGGCAGCUAGAGGGUGGGGGGGACUGACAUUAAGUGUCCACUAUGAGGAUUCUACAUCUUACAGAUGAGGAAAUGGAAGCUCAGAGAAGGCGAGCAGCUUACCUCAAGGCACAGAGCAAAUGUAGCCACAGCUGGAUUCCAGGUUGGGCCUAUCUAAUGCCCACACACAGUGGUGCACUCUGUCACCCCUCUCCUAAGGGAAGUCAGAGGCUGCUCCUGGGGUUUGGUUCUGUCGUGG